AUGGCAACCGAAAUGAAAACAUGUUUUGUUGAACGCAAGGACGCCAUCCAGAUCCACGAUCACUGUCCCGAGCGGCCAUACGUUGAGUUGGAGGUGCCGCAAGAUGCGAAGAGAGUCACUGCCGUUACUUUUGGAGGAACAUCUCGCGAUCAAGGCUGGGCAGACAGAUCAGAAGCAGUUUCUUUCACAUGGUGGGAUGCUUCAGUAAAGCGCCCAGAAGGACGUGGAGAUCUGCGAACAAUCACCGUCCUUAACAACCGUCUCGCAAACGAUGAACCCCAGCAAUGGUCUGACCGGUGGACUGUUUUCCAUGGACCUAGAAGAAGACUCUGGAUUGAGGCACUUCGACCAGGCGACGUCAUUCAGUUGAUUCCUCGCGCUAUGUAUAUGGCUUGGGUGAACAUCAUCGACGAGGGAAGCAUCAAGAUUGAAUACGAACCUAGGGAGUUGGAAGAGGAACUUCAAGCCAUGCAACUUACCUCAAAUUCUUCGCAUUAUUCCGGGGCGUUGGGUGUCGAAAGGCAGGAGAUUCGACUCCUUCAUGUUGAGCCAGGGAUUUUUGACGAUCCGAUCCGAUGUUCUUUUCGCUUAGCAAGCCUGAAGGAAAUCGAGACAAAAGGCAUCGACUUUCACGCCUUGUCGUAUUGCUGGGGAGAUCCUACCGAGCGGGAGGAAAUUCUUUUAUCAAAAGAAGGCGACUGCGACGAUAAAAAGGAAGCGAGGCCUUUUAGUAUUGGAAAGUCUGCUGCCCAAGCACUUCGUCGGUUGAGACUAGAGAGGGAAACCCUGGUUAUAUGGAUCGACGCUGUGUGCAUCAACCAAGACGAUCUCGAAGAGAGAGCGAAACAGGUAACACUAAUGAGUCAGAUCUACUCCUUAGCUUCGGUCGUUCACAUCUGGCUCGGUGAAGAUAACCACGGUGUCGAGGCUUGCUUAAAGCUUAUCCGAGAUAUCUGCAACUCAAAUUCCAGACUAUGCCAAGGCGGCGAGCAAUGUUCAUGCGCUGGAACAGCCCACUCGACGCCUCUUGAGGAGAUUCGGGCAUAUGAGCAGAGCAAGAAAGAUGAGGGAAAGGCUAUCUCAUUCAAAGGGAUGUUGGAAGUUUUCGACAUCCACCUAAAGACGUGGACAAGAGAAAUCAUAGACCUUGCUGGCUGGUAUGGAAACACCCAACUAUCGUUCCUCAUGAGCACUCUUUACGAAAACCCAUGGUUUACCCGAGUCUGGGUGAUACAGGAAGCUCUGUCAGCGAAACAACCCUUCAUUCAUUGUUCUGGAGAGCAAGUCCCCUGGGAUGAAGUGGUUCAAGUCAGCAACUGGCUUGAGAAUCCUGGAUACUCCAGCCAAAACCCGCAUAUUGUCUCACAGCAGAUUUCCAUGGCAGCUAUUUGGAAGACCCUCAAACCAAAGGGAAAGACUACGGAGGUCCCGACAACUCCCAUCGAAGCGCAAGAUACGAAUGAGCUAUCUAGCAUUCUGGAAGUAUUUCUUUCGGGUCUGGAUCUCAAGGCUACUGAUCCUCGCGAUAAACUGUUUGCUUUGCUCACAUUUGCCAACGAGACGCAUGAUACUACGAAGUUGGAUGAUUUGAUUCGACCCAAUUACGACAAGUCCAAGGAGAGAGUUUUUGCUGAUUUUACGCGCUGGUGGAUCCGAGAACACAACUCGGUGGCUAUUUUAUCGUCUAUCCAUUGCCAACCAUCACGCACUUGGGUAAAGAUUCUAGGGCCCGAAGCCCAAGACCUAGCGAUGAAUCGACCAACUUGGUCUGUUGACAGCAAAGGAAGCUCAAGACGAACGCAAGCCAAUUUGAAUGCUCGGUUCAAAUUCAAAGCAGCAGGCGAUACGAAGCCAGAUCUUGAGCUUCUAAAGACGGAUGAUCCUCUCAUUCUUCGACUUUCAGGUCUUCACAUUACUGAGAUCAGGAGCAUCAGUCACGCACCUAUCGAGUAUAUCUAUCCCUACCAAAGGCCUGCAGAAGAGCAAAGCGAAUUGUCACAAGUCUUUGACAAGAUCUUCGAUCCUUGUGCUCUCUCACCGUUCUGGUCAAGAAACCUGAGUGCAGAUGGCUUCAGAACGGAAAACAACGAAACAUGCAACAUGAAGUACCUCGACCAUAUGCGAUCUCACUGGAACUACCGUUCGCGAGAACCACUUGAAGUGUUGAAACCAAGUGCCGGUAAAGACUUGGAGCACUAUAAGACGAACAAGCUUCCGACGUGUAUGGAACCUUGUUUCUUUGUUACGACUUCGGGAUUGUUUGGAUUAUGUCCUUGGCAGUCGAAGGAGAGAGAUUUGAUUGUGUUGCUGGAUGGUGGUAAUGUACCGUAUUUGCUGAGGCCUGUUGGGGAGGAGAAGUUUGAGUUGGUUGGGGAGUGUUUUGUGCAGGGAAUUAUGCAUGGGGAGAUAUUGGAGGGGCUGGCAAAACUUGGGAACGGGCUUGGGAAGAGGCAGAUUUUCAGUAUCGUUUGA